AUGGCGGUAACGUUUAAGCUCCUUUCAACAGCGCUUCUUCUUAUAACGUGCGCUGCCGGCUUAACGCUCGCCGUCAACCGCUGUCCGGACUGCGGUCCCACCGCCUUCCCUUACCCUCUCUCGACCGGUCCCACCUGCGGCGACCAGAACUACAAAAUCCGCUGCGACGCGGGCUCACUGAUCUUCGACACUCUCAUUAAUUCCUAUCCAAUCACGUCCAUUGAUCCUUUGAAUCAACGGAUAGUGAUUCAGCCGGCGAGUCUCGUGCCGAACACGUGCAUCACGACCGACCUCCCCUUCAAUGGCGUGCAGCUCAACAGCAGCUUGCCUUUCAACAUCACCAGCGGAAACACCAUUAUGCUCUUGAACUGUACGGAUUCUAUACUCCGUUCUCCGUUGGACUGUUCCGCUACGGGAUUGUGCCACGUGUACGUCAACGAGACUUCGAAAGCUAUGGCUUGUGAGGCGGCGCCGAUCUGUUGUACGUUUAAAGCCGGCGGGAGUGCGACGGCGUACGCCAUUCGGGCGAGGGAAACCGGGUGUAGGGCUUACACUAGCUUCGUUAACUUGAAAACGAAUUUGCCGGUGAAUCAGUGGCCUGAACCGGGGAUGGAAUUCCAGUGGGUUUCGCCGCCUGAACCAAUAUGCGGUACCCAAGUGGACUGUGAUGAGAACUCCACUUGUGGACCCGACCCGAAUUCAAAUGGGAUCCGGAGGUGUUUAUGCAAUUCCGGGAUGUAUUGGGAUCCGAUUAAAGGGGUUUGCGCUGCGAGUGGGUUUGGUUUAAUUUGA